GAAGCCUGCCGUCCAACGGAGCUGUGGCUUUCCGGCGACAUGGAACCUGAUGAUCUGCAGCUCGUGAAGAAGUGCCGCGACUUGGCCUUCAGGGCUCACAAUUCAGGUUUCCAUUUUGUCAAGGAAAAUUACUUCAAGUCCCACGCCAUCUUCGCUUUCCGGGGGUCCUCUUCCGUCGACGGCUGGUUCUCCGGCGACCAGUUCAGCAAGUGGAAGCCGGAUCCACUUCCGACUCCGCCUCCGGCUCCAGCCCCGGCUUACUUUCCGUCGCUUAAGGUCCUCGGUUCCGGUGAUGACGGCACCCUCAACAAGGCCUUCCUCGAGCGCUUCCGCGAAAGCCUGGAGCAAACCCAGCUAAGAAAUGAGAUUGAGGCGAGAUUAUCCUCGAAAGGAUUUCGUGACAAACUUCUAUGUUGUAGCAAUAAUCAGGCUGACAGAAGAACAAAGAAGAAGAAGAAGAUUGUUUUUACUGGAUAUUCCAGUGGAGGAGCAACAGCAAUCUUGACAACCAUUUGGUACUUAGAGAAGCAUCGCCAGGACCCAAAGUCGGACGUGCUUUGCAUCACCUUCGGCGCUCCUCUGGUCGGCGAUAAGAUCGUCGGCCACGCGAUCCGUCGAGAGGGCUGGUCAUCCUGCUUCAAGAACUUUGUCUUGCCGCAUGACCCCAUUCCCCGGAUCCACUUUUCUCCCCGUCAUGAACUCGGCAGCGACCUACCAGCCGUUCUUCAGGCAUGGAUUAAUCCGGAAGGAUCCAACUCCGGUGUUUCGUCCUCUGCCCCAGGAACCAAUCAAUCAUCUCAGAAUCUCUUCAAUGUUGUGGUCGACAAUACCUUCGCCAUUGCAAGCUGUGAUUCAUGUGUGUUGAGGAGCUCUGCUGGCGGUAGCUCGCUGCUGGAAGCAGUGAACGAGAUAGUUGAGCUGAGUCCUUACAGGCCGUUCGGGAGCUUCUACUUCUGCUGCAGUGAGGGGAAGGUGGUGAAGGUGGAAAACCAUGAGGCUGUGACGCAGAUACUGUUCUACUCCCUUCAGUUGCCAAGAUCGAGCAUUGGGAGCAAUGAUUAUAAGACAUAUGAAACAAAGGAAAUAGUUCCCCUGGAUAAUUUGCAAGCUAUUUCUCUCCAAAAUGAUGAUGUCAACUCUGCCCCCAACAUACUUGACCUUAGCAUGGAAGCAAGGUUGAGCUUAAUAGCUGCAGAAGAGGCGGAGCAGGCGAAGAAAAGGAACUCGAACAGAGUCAAUGGGUACAAGGAUGACAUAAACCAGUGCCUAAGCAAACUUGAGACCUACCGCCACAACUGUGAUGAGGGCAUAGGCUACUACGACGCAUUCAAGUUGCAGGAGAAGAAUGCAGAUUUUGAAGCCAAUGUGACCCGGCUGCAGUUGAUUGGCUACUGGGAAGAGGUCAGGGAAAUGCUCAGGCAGUUCGAUCUGCCCGACUCAUUUGAGGUAGAAGAGGACUUGGUGGAGCUGGGAACAAGGAUCCGCUUCUUGGUCGAGCCCAUCGACAUAGCUAACUUUUACCGGCAUGAUAAGAUGGACGCGGCCGACCUCUAUUGGAGAGACUCACAGGCAAGGCCUAAGUACUACAAGUACCCAGAGAACUGGCUUCCGCACAUGAGAAGGUUGGUACCAGAAAACCACCCACUAUGGAAGAAAGAAUGGAACUUGGACUCGUGCUUUUGGGCAAGAGUGGAGAACAUGUGCAUCGAGAUCAAGAAAAAGGGAUUUGAUUCUGAGAAAGAAACUGUAGUGAAGUUUGAGGAGGAGGUAGAGAAGUGGCUUACAGAGGGAGCACUGAGUGAGCCUGAGCUCAAGCGGCCCACCUUCCAGAAAUGGUGGGGAAUGUUGCCAGAGGAACACAAGAAUAGUUCCUGCAUUCGACAUCGUAUGGUGCAGCAGGCACAACCUGCUAAUCCGACGGUUCCAAGUUGAGUCCAAGGCCAAGAUGCAAUUAGUGAAGCUAAAGCUUCGCAACUGGUUCAUUAGUGACAAAAGCUGUUAAUUGUCACUGUUCAGAGGCAGUAAGAUUUCCUGUAGAUCCAAAAUCAUGCAUGGCGUUUGGGUUGACAAGUGUGUUUUAUGUAUGUAUUUUGUGUUCAUUGUGGAUGUCACGAAUUGUGUUAUGAUGUCCCAAUAUGCUGUUUUACCAUAUAGUGAUAAAAACAUUAAGUUGGUUUCGUUCCAUUAAAUUGUAGGUGUUGGAGGCUUUGUUUGGUUGUUGAAAGAAUGAGUUGCAUAAUUAAGACUACAUUAAUAAAGUUUC